GUUCGUUUGUCUAGUGGCCUUUUGACGCCUGUGACAGUAUGACGUACUUCGCUGGCACCUUCUUUCAACCAUAAAUUUAACGAAAGAGAGAAAAUGCACUGUCAUGUUGAUAAAAGAACCCAAUUCUACGAUAUAUUGUUUCAUAGGCAAGUGUUUAAAGUCCUAGUAGACAACAAAUAGGCCAGCCGAGACUUUACAGUUAAUGAAAGCAAAAUAAGCCUUAAUGGACAUUGCAUAAUUAUAGAUCAGAGUUUUAAGAGCUAAGUGAAAUCCUGUACACCCUUUUUCCAAAGAGGAAAUAGACCUAAACAAACGUUUAUCUUGAAAAGACAUUUGGUGUGAACUGAAGGUCAUCUUGAGGUGAAGUUUACUGUGUCUUUCCUGUUGACUACCAAAUAAUAGGCCCCCUUCUGUAAUAUGCAUGAGGAAAUAGACCUAAAGAAGCUUUAGUUUAUCCUGAAAAGACCUUUAUUGUGAACUGAAGUAACUUGAAGGCGAAGCUCAGUAGUCGUAGGCCUGCAGCCCACCAAAGAAUAGGCCUUCUGUUAUAUGCACGACUGACUUGAGUGGAUUUUCUCCCUUUUCUGCCCUCAUAUACAAGAAAGAUCAAGAGGGCUUUCGCUUAGAUAUCUCACAAAGUAGCUUAAAUAAGGAGGAACUUCGGUGAACUUUUGCGAACUAAUUGUGACCAAGGUGUGAACCAUGUCUGUGAUGAAUCUGAGCGUGGGCAGCAGGUCUGUCGUGACCUCACCUGUGACCACCUUUUCUCCGGUCAUUAAGACCAUCAAGGUGAAGUCCAGUGACCACUUCUUCGAGUUUAAAAGCGUCCUAAGGGAUGUGCACAGAGUCCUUAAUAAUACAAACUUGCCCGCCCCGGUGCCGCCCCUGACCCCUGGCACCACCAAGAAGAUGACCGACGCUCUGCGGGCGUCUUUUGCGUCUUGGGAGAAGGAACGAGAGAAACACAAUAUCACCAAAGAUCCGAAACAGUGGUCUGAAGAUCAUGUCCGCCAGUGGCUGAUGUGGGCCAUCAAAGACUUCAGCCUCGAAGGUGUUUCCGUGCACGAGUUCCAGAUGAAGGGGAGAGACCUGGUGGGGAUGGGAAGGGAGUCCUUCCUAGCUCGCACGCCCCCCUUCAUGGGCGAUAUCCUUUGGCAACACCUCGAAUUCCUACAAAAAGAUGUGGAGGAAGAAUCGGCAUCGCUGGCACUCGUGCCUCCCAACUUCCACGAAUACGUGCCGGACUUCAAUGAGUUCCUGGAGGGGUAUGGAGGCCCCCUGCCCGAACACCGCCUCAACCAAGUCCUCACGGCAUCCUCGCCGCACGUCCCCCCGCCGCCGCCUUCGUCGUCGUCCAUUCCUUCGUCAGCGCUGCCCUCACAGGCGUCGGUCCCAUCCACCGCAGUGGUGUCGUCGGCCACCACGACGCCCGCCCACACCACAUCGCCUUCUAUCACGUCGUCCAGCACGCCCCACGCCCCUCCACCUUCACAGACGCUACAGUAUCUCGAAGAAAAGAGAAGGAUGGUCUGGAGUAGAAACGGUGGCUAUGCAAGUGCGGAGAGUAUGGGUGCUGUAAGUGAACCCCCUUCUGAGGGUUCCCCCGGAGGCUUUGUUCCCCCUGCAUACAGCGAAGUGGAUGGAGAUGCCUAUCAUACCCUGCCAGACUCCCAUCAUGCUGCUUCCCACUACUUGGACCCUUCAGCACAUGAUUUCUACAGUCUUCAUGACAAAUACAGGCUUUCUUACUUUAAGUACCAGCAGCCCACGCCCACUCACCGCUACCCACACGAAUAUCCUGAGGGUUACUCCACUCCUCAUUACGACCCACAAUUUCAGACUGUCCCCCAGGCAUUGCCAGAACCUUGGGCAACAGCAGCAGCACAGGGUCAUGACAUGACACAAGUACAUACAGGUGUUGGAGCCCCAACGCUGGCACAUUAUCUUCCUACGAGGUCCGAAGUUGCUACACCCGACACUAAGCCGCCACCUGGUCUGUUAGGUCCAAGUUCUGCAACUUUGGGAUAUCAGACAGGAAAUGGCGGCCCUUGCUUUACUGGAUCAGGCCCUAUUCAGCUUUGGCAAUUCUUGCUUGAGCUACUCACUGACAAGAAGCAACAGCAAUAUAUAUCAUGGACUGGUGAUGGCUGGGAGUUCAAGCUUACCGAUCCUGAUGAAGUUGCUCGCCUUUGGGGAAUGAGGAAAAAUAAACCCAAAAUGAAUUAUGAAAAACUCUCUCGAGGUCUUCGCUAUUAUUAUGAUAAGAAUAUUAUCCACAAAACAGCCGGCAAACGUUAUGUCUACCGCUUCGUCUGUGACCUCCAGACACUCAUUGGUUACUCUCCGGAGGAACUUCAUGCAAUGGUUGAACUCAAGCUGGAAAAGAAAGAUGAUGACUGAAUGACAGUGCCUGGGGAGAGUUACCUGUUAUGAGGAGUAAAAUACAUUUUAUAGCCUCAGACCUUCUUCCCUUCCUUCUUCCAAAGAGUUAAAGUAGACUUUGCUUUUGUCUGACUUUACAUGAAGGAAGCUACUUCAGAUGUUACAGUGAAGUAUGUUCAUUUCAUAAGAGAUAAGGUUUGCAGUUGCACAGUUUCUUCUGCAUUAAAGUACCUUAGAGUCAGACCUUAUUGUUUAUGAGAAUUCAAGAGAACCCCUUAUACCAGUUACUGUCAUAUGUUCAGUAUGUCAGACAAACAAUCAUGUUAAUACAGAAAAGUUCAGUUUGUUAAAUGGCUGUAUGACUGUGUAUUGGUAGACGAGUCCUUGUCAGUAGCGGACCAUUUAUUAGCUUUUUCUAUUUUUGUAAAUAUUGUAGUGUAUGCCAUUGAUGUCGGGCAUUUAGAUUAGAGUUUAUGUUGUGUAUAGUAAGAUGUGUGUGGAGAAUGUCUGCCAUUAUAUGUCAGUGCACUUUGUGUUGUUGUCUGCUCUAAGUUCUUGUAACCAGCCAUUUGUACCUGUAUUUCUUCUCUGCACAAGACCCGACUAUAAUAUAGUCUAUUUUUAGUUAUGGACUAGUGAAGAGAAUUAUGGAGAUAACAAAAUGAGUGCUUUCAAAACUACAAGUGCUAUAUAUUAGUGUCAAAUUAGUAUGAGCCACAAAAAGUGGCUGAGUUUUAUUUUUGCAUAUAUAUAUCUCAUGAGUAAUGAUGGUCCCUUCACUUUCUGUCAGUGAUCUCCUGGCAACUUAAGUAGCCAAAUGAGGAAACUUUUUACCAGUAAUAAUGUUCAAGGAUUUGGUACGAGUGCAUUUUGCAGGUUCCAAAAUUUGUGAGGGUGCCUUACUGAAAAUUUGUCAGGGAUCUGAUGCUGUUUUGGAAAAAACUAAGGUUGCAUUAAGAAAACUAAGUAAAUCCCUUGUGCCUUUUCGCUCUUGAAAUCCCACAUUUAAGGUCCACACAGGUUAGGUAACCAGGAGUGUUGAUAGUUAAAAAUUUGAUAAGCAUGUGUAGGUUUGUGAACAAUGAGAGCACAAAUGAAAACGCUUAUGUUGUAUGUCCUUUCGAGCAUUUUCCAGUUUCAUCUGUAAAAUGCUCACGUUACUGUAGAGUGGGUUGGGGAUUAUUUGGAAAUGGAUCCUCUGUUGGAAGAAUACCAGGUUGUAUUUUAUUGAACUGUGAUGUUUAAAAAAAAUAAAAAAAAAGAAAAAAAUGCAUUUUUGGGGAUCAUAUUUUCUUUUGAAAUGUUAUGUAGUGCGAAUCAUGUUCUCCAUGUUCUACUGUGACUAUGUAAGGUGUUCUGUUGUUAUUUGUGAUACCUUGUUAACAUUAUGACCCGUUGGAUUUUAUUGAAUUUUGAAUGAGACAAAUCAUGUUGGUAGACGAAAAAAAUUGCAGUAUAUCAUGUGAAAUACUGUAUAUUCUACAUGCCCUUUUCAGGAUUUUCAACAAGUUUUAAUUUACAUCCUUAGUCAAAUCAUUAACUGAAAUUUUUACCAUGCCCAGUGUUCAAUAUUAACAUUCUACAUAAAAGGCUCAUUACCUGUCCUUGCUUCACAAAGCCGUCCCAACUUUGCGUUCAAGUACCACAAGUGCCAAGUUUCUGAUUGGAAGAGCUAUGAGUGUUUGAUGAAUAUUCAUCUGUGAUGUUGCUUCUGCUAAAAUAUUUUUUGAUCAAAUUUAGCCUACCACUUAUUAGGGCAUGAACUAAUACCGAGAUUAAAUUUUGAAAUACAGUAUAUUUUUUGUUUAAAAGAAUUACAAAUCUUCAUGAAAAAUAUGCCAGGAAAGGGUUACCAGUAACUGAACUAUACAGUAUAAUAAUGUACAUUGCUUUGGUGCUUCUACUUUCUCAACAAAGCAGAUUAUAUACAUGGUAGUCUUUCCUUCCUGAAAAACCCAUGAUGCCUAACCAAAGACUGUAUUUUUGGUACUGAAAAUUUUCUCUAGCAAAUUUAGAUGAACAGUUUACCCAAAUAUAAAUAUUAAGAUAGUUAUAAUAGCUUUGUUCAUAUGCUUACAUAGAGCAGUUUGUACUGUACUACAUAGUACUUGCAGCAUUCUACAAAAUAUAAAGAAAACUUCCAAGUAGAAUACUUAAAAGUUCUUCCGAUAUCUUCCAUUAUGUCAUAAAAAUUUCACUUAUAGACUGAAGGGCACAAGAUACAGUUUCUGUACUUGAUUUUUUCAGUGAUUCCUGACAUGCCAUCUACAGAUAUUUUCAAGUCCACUGACCGUUGCUUACAAAUGUGUUGAAAUCUGAAGAAAUAUAAACACUGCUUGUUUUUUCAGACACUGGUAUUAUUAUUGAACAACUGGUAUUAUUAUUGAACAAAAGAUCUUUUCUGAUACAAGUACUAUACUAAUAUACUUAACAUGUAAUUGAAAUGGAGUUAUCCUCAGUAAUAAACAAGUAAUAAACACCUUUAGAGAUGAUGUAACCCCCACAGCAUAGUUGUCUUUGCAAUAUUGAUGUGUAAUUUUCAUCAUCGUCAUUACCCGUACUAUUGUAUUAGUAAGGUGCCUGAAAGCAGAAAUUGUCAAACCAGUAGUUUUGUCAGGAAUCUAUUUUCUUCACCCCCAUUUGAGAGCUGUAUGCAUUGGUAAUGAUGACUUGUUUUGUUUUGCCAGCAAAUCGUGUAUUUUACAUUUGCAACCGAAACAGGUGCUGUUACCAUAAGUUCAGCUGCAAUGAUGCCAAAAAUUACCCUGCAUCAUUACCUAAGGCCAAAUUUUCAUAUUUAUUUUUAUUUUUAUCUUGUUUCCUCACAUUAUGGACUUGCAGUGUAAAUAGAUGUGUCUUUAGUUUAAGAUUUUUUUUUAAUGUUGAUUAAGCUGUAUGUUGGUCAUGCAUUUCCAAAGUACUGUAUGUAAUUAUAAUUUGAUGCUUUAAGCUCUAGUUGUAAUGCUAUUUUACAUUUAAGUUAUAAAAAUUAUAAUUUUUGUCUACCAAAAAGAAAUGAAAAGUAUAAAUGUUUUGCAUUAUUUGAGCAAGCAGCGAGCCUGCAUUUUUCUAUUGUGCAAAAACUUAAAACUCCUGGCCAGACUUGUCAUGAAUAGUGACAAUAUUAAAUUUGAAUCUCAGUGAACAGUUUAUCCAAAUUUUUAUUCUUCUUAAUUCCAUAAAUACGCUGUUGUAUAUACAGGAUGUAUAAAAAGCUAAAAAUAAAACAAUGAUUGA